AUGGGCGGUAUGCUCGCUGGAGUGUAUGCUGGACUGUACCCGGAGCGUAUCAAGUCACUGACUAUGGUGUGUCCAGCGGGUAUCUCAAUGCCCAGGAAGAGCGCAUUACUGAAAAUGCUCGAGGAUUCAGGACGGAACUUGCUGCUUGCACACACAGCCGACGAUCUAGUCGAGAUGAACAACCAUCUCAGCUACGAUCCACGUAAAAUUCCGCAUGUCUUUUUAAAUAUGAUUGCGUCCGAACGGGAGAAGCAGUUGCCAGUGUUGGAGAAGAUUGUCCACGAUUCGUUGCAGAACCCGACGGUGUUGGAGGAUUUGUUGCCUGACAUUCGUGCCAAGACGUUGGUGAUGUGGGGCAAGCACGAUCAAGUUCUGGACGUCUCGACAGGUGCUGCUAUUUGA